AAAAAGCGGUCUUUGUCUUGAAACCCGAAAAGCCCAUAAACAAGAGAUCCAAUAUAACGACCAAUAACGGCAAAUCAAAUCUAAUUUACAGUUAUGCCAUCAUCUCCCAAAUUCUUCCACUCCCGCCAUCCACCGCCGGCCACGCGCCUCACCAGAUCAACAGCCCUCUUCGUCUUCUCCACCCUCUCUUUCCUCUUCUCCCUCUACGUUUUCCUUUCCUCCACUGACUGCGGUCACCAAUGUCUCUCCGACCUGAGAUCCGUUCGGGUUCUUUUGGACAAACCAGGGAAUGUCAAUAUAACUGCUACUUCCGAUGGAGAUGUUGAUGUCAAUGGGACCAAGAGGCAUAAAGUUAUGGGCUUCGUUGGGAUCCAAACCGGGUUCCGUUCAGUCGGUCGGAGACGGUCCUUGAGGAAGACUUGGAUGCCUUCCGAUCAUCAGGGCCUUCAACGGUUAGAAGAAGCAACAGGAUUAGCUUUUAGGUUUGUAAUUGGUAGAACAAAUGAUAGAUCAAAGAUGGCACAGCUGGGGAGAGAAGUAGCAAAAUAUGAUGAUUUCCUUUUGUUAGAUUUUGAGGAGGAAUACAGUAAACUCCCUUACAAAACGUUAGCAUUCUUCAAAGCUGCCUAUGCACUCUAUGAUUCUGAUUUUUAUGUCAAAGCUGAUGAUGAUAUAUAUUUGAGGCCAGAUCGACUAUCACUUCUAUUAGCUAAAGAACGUUCUCACUCUCAGACUUACCUCGGAUGCAUGAAAAAGGGUCCGGUAUUUACUGAUCCUAAGUUGAAAUGGUAUGAGCCACUAUCCUAUCUACUAGGCUCAGAGUACUUCCUUCAUGCCUACGGUCCUUUAUAUGCUCUUUCAGCUGAUGUUGUUGCAAGUUUGGUUGCUCUGAGAAACAACAGUUUUCGGAUGUUUAGUAACGAAGAUGUUACAAUCGGUGCAUGGAUGCUUGCAAUGAAUGUCAACUUUGAGAAUAACCGAAGACUGUGUGAGCGAAAGUGUACGCCUACAUUCAUUGCUGUCUUGGACAUCCCCAAAUGUUCAGGACUAUGUAAUCCGGAGACAAGGAUAUUGGAACUUCAUCGGCAAGAAAUGUGCUCAAAUGGUUCGACGUUGCCAUUGGAUGAUAAAUCGCUUUCCUUGGCCUAAAUUCACACAGAUUUUUCUAAUAUUGACAAAGGUGUUUUAAAGAAUUUUGCUUGCUCUGCUAAGUUGAUCUCUGCUGCCAUGCUACACAUCUUAACUUCCCUCCUUCGAUCACCCCAACCCAAUUUUUUUUUCCACAAAGUUCUUUAGUAACAUUUUUACCAACAAUGUAAGGUUUCCAAUAUUUUUUUUACAUUACCUUUCUUUUUCACCGGUUCAAACCAAAACCAAAUUCACAAGGUUCCAUUGCCUACUGUAAAAUGUACUCUGCUACAAAUUGUGAUCUUGAAAUUACCCCCCCUUCUUUCUCUUUGACAUCAAA